UUCUCAGAACAGAGUGAGUCCUUUCUGAAGUAAUUACCAGUACAGUAUUUACGUUUUUAGUUCCUGUAGUUUCUUCGUCCUUCUUCUUCUGUACAUGCACGUGUACCAUUGUGGUUCGUAGCUUUGGGUCGCAAUACUGUAUACAUGAGAAGAUGAAGAGAAAAGCGCCAGGAACGCCGAGUGUGGGUUCUCCUGCCAAGAAACCAAAGAAAUCCUUGCAAUCCUCUACAGUUUCUGCUGAAGCAACACCAUCACCUGAAUUUUCUGCUCAAUGUGCUAAUCUCCGCCAAAUAGUUGAUGCUGCCAAGAACCAACUUGAUGGGGGAAAGGAUAUUAGCGAUGUGCGCAACCAGGGUAUCGUCAGCCUCUCAAAACUCUUCAAUGUGUUUCGUGCCAAAGUGAAUCAAGUCAAUGUAGACCAGCUAAAAACCCAACAGGCUAUGAAUGACAGUGACAAAGCAAUGCUGAGGCUGCAGAAUCUCCAGUAUGAAGAGCACAACCUGCAACAGAAGAUCAAUGAAGCAAGAAAUUCUCCUGUCAGUGCAGAUGUUGACUUGGUUUCCACGGAGGAGUUCAUUAGCAAGGCACCUGCCCAUUUGAAAGUGUUGGCUGGAGAAAAUGAACAUAUGAAACAGCUCGCACAUCUUCAAUUUGAAGUAAUGCAUCGAGCCCAGCUGGCUCAAGACUUGAAGUCCAUGCAGAGACAAGUCUCUUCUGUUUCCAAGGAGAUCAGCUCUUGUGAGCGUCAGCACGAAGCGGUUUCUACAGAGCUACGGCAACUUUUAGAGGUUGCCAAAGUAUUUGAAAAGAAGACCUGUUUUAGUAGAAGCCCUCCCUCGCAUUCUUUACAAUCACCAUCAUCUUCUUCACCUUCAUCAUCAACAACACCUACAGCUACCAGUACUGUCGAUAGUGGCAACACUUCAUCAGCUGAAGGUGCUCGAGCCGAUGGUGGAAAAACAGAAGGGUCGGGUGGACAGCCACUGCAAGACAGCAUACAUCACCGUGUCUUCGGAGACGACCUCUUACCAGAGCCCCUCUUUGUCAUCUUGAAGAAAGCUCAAGUGCAGCUGGCUCAGUCCAGUGACAACGCCAGUCAAGGUCUGCUGUCCGUACGUGUUGAGAAGGACUGUGCAGUUGGCAGUCUGGCAAAUGGUGCAAGCUUGAUUGGCCAGACAAGAGCAACUUGUUCAGAGAUGCCUGAUGCCGACGAUAUUGAUUUCGUGACUGCGCACCCGUAUUCGUGUGUGGUGUCGCUUGUAGCCAAAGGUGUUGCUGAACCAGUCCAGUUGCAAUUCUUCUACCAUCCCACCAUGAUGCUUGUUAGUGUUGAUCACACUCUCCCGUCCACAGCAUCAUCAUCAUCAUCAUCAUCACUAUGUGGCAAGGCAAUGAUGGAUGGCCAUGCUACAUCACUGCUGGAUAGAAUUACUACUACUAUGGCUGGUGCUGGUGACCAUGGUGAUGGCGAUGGCCAUGAUGAGCAUGUCCAUGAUAAUGAUGCUGGCUUGGCUUGCCCAAGAUUACUACCGGCUUGCUAUGCACAGAAAUUCAGCAGCAAGAUACCUGGCUUAAUUGAGGCUGGUGCUCUUGGCAGGCUGUACAAGUGGGCACAACAACUGGCCGGGUUGGAAUAUUUGUCAGUGCAGAAGCCGAAACAUACACAGGACUCCAGCGAUAGACCAUCGUGCACUUGGCCUCAACUAGUGCAACUUCUUUCAUAGGUAUGGCAGUGACUAUUCACAGCCUUCACUGCAUACUUGUGUCAAUUUUGACUCCAAGAUCAGUUUGGUCGAUUAUGGGUUUUUUUUUAUUGAGCACAUUCCUCACCAUGAAACACAUACACUGUACUAUAGUACAUGCUUGAGCCAGCCCACCAGCCGGGCACCUGUGCUUGAGUCAGCCCACCAGCCAGGCACCUGUGCUUGAGCCAGCCCACCAGCCGGGCACCUGUGCUUGAGUCAGCCCACCAGCCGGGCACCUGCUUGAGCCAGCCCACCAGCCAGGCACCUGUGCUUGAGCCAGCCCACCAGCCGGGCACCUGUGCUUGAGCCAGCCCACCAGCCGGGCACCUGUGCUUGAGUCAGCCCACCAGCCGGGCACCUGUGCGGCACAGUAUUGUUGCUCUUGCCUACUCACCAUACAUUGUGCUUUCGGACUAUCUUUCUUUCUUUUCCUUUUUUUCUUUUUAAAAAGAACAAUUUCCUAGUUGCCAGCGAUUUAUGGCAUAGUUCUGGUUUGCAGAGACAACUGCAACUGCUAGUACACUGUCGUGCUGCAAAGUACCGUCCAGAGCAGCAUUGCAUGAUCUUCUCGCAGUUGGCACAGUGUGACUUUUGUUUGUUGUAGCGGCUAUGGUCAGAACAGGCAACGUUUUUCCUUGUGCUCAACCAUGUCAUGUUGUUGUGCUCAACCAUGUCAUGUUGUUGUGCUCAACCAUGUUAUGUUGUUGUGCUCAAGCAUGUCAUGUUGUUGUGCUCAACCAUGUCAUGUUGUUGUGCUCAACCAUGUCAUGUUGUUGUGCUGCUUUGCUUUGUGUAACGUUAUGUUGUUCUCUGGCAGUAAUGCAGCCUGUGUUGUCUCUGGCAGUAAUGUA